AUGUCGAGCCUCCUCUCAGAGAGACAGAAAGAUGAACUCCAUAGAUCCAUGUUAUCUUACCUCCAUGCCGUCGGAUUACACGAAUCGUACGAUGUCCUCAGGAGAGAAACGGGUAUAGAGGAUUUCCAAGUGGAUGAUCCGAAAGCGAAAUGGGUGGGGUUGUUAGAGAAGAAAUGGACGAGUGUUAUACGGUUGCAAAAGAAGAUCAUGGACCUUGAAAGUAGAAACGCAGCCCUACUAGCCGAACUCGCCUCCCCUACACGAGCCACCACAUCUUCCUCUUCCUCUGCUCCAUUCCUUCCACGAGCACCUCCAAGGCAUACUCUCACUUCACACCGGGCCCCAAUAACCAAAGUGGCGUUUCAUCCAACUUGGAACAUUUUAGCAAGUGCGAGCGAGGAUGCUACUGUGAAGAUCUGGGAUUGGGAGAGUGGUGAUUUUGAGAGAACGGUAAAGGGACAUACCAAGGCAGUCAUGGAUGUGGAAUUUGAUCCUAAGGGAGUUUUGAUGGUGACAUGCUCCACCGACUUGACGAUAAAACUAUGGGAUCCAGCAAAUGAAUAUAAAAAUGUGAAAACUUUACAUGGACAUGAUCAUUCAGUGUCGAGUGUACGAUUCACACCCGAUGGUGAUACAUUAGUCUCCGCUAGUAGAGAUAAGACCAUAAGAGUAUGGGAGGUAGCAAGUGGAUAUUGUAUACGGACAUUCUCAGGACAUACGGAAUGGGUAAGGGAAGUGGUACCUUCGGACGAUGGACGAUGGUUGGCUAGUUGUUCCAACGAUCAAACCGCACGGAUAUGGGAAUUAUCAAAUGGCGAGACUAAAAUGGAAUUCCGGGGUCAUGAACAUGUAGUAGAAUGUGUUGUUUUCGCACCCAUACAGACUUAUCCGGCCAUCCGAGAACUUGUUGGUUUAACAGUCUCAGCGGGUGAUGUAAGAGCGGGAACAGCAGGAAAUUUCGUAGCUACUGGGUCUAGGGACAAGACUAUUAGAUUAUGGGAUACUUUGACAGGACAAUGUUUGAGAAUAUUUAACGGUCAUGAUAAUUGGAUCAGAGCAUUAGUCUUUCAUCCUUCUGGAAAAUACCUACUUUCAGCAUCAGACGAUAAAACUAUAAAAGUUUGGGAUUUGUUAACUGGAAGAUGUACGAAAACUAUUGAUGCUCAUUCACAUUUCGUAACAUGUAUGAUAUGGGGUAAAGCUUUAUUAGGUGGUGGUGGUGGUCAAGUUAAUGGGGAAGGAGGGAAAGAUAAAGAAGUUAGAAAAGUUAAUGUUUUAGCUACUGGUAGUGUUGAUCAAAGUGUUAAAAUAUGGACCCCAUAA